CAAAAUAUGUUUUAGUGAAAAGAAGAAGACAGCUGGCGGAAACCGUAGGAAACGGUCCAUGUUUACAUUUCAUGUUACAUUUGGGAAACAGAAGGAAGGAUGUCCUGUAAUGCCAGUGUUACUUGUCUCCACCUGUCCUCACUAAAGCGGGCAGAAAAAGCCCCGGUCCACCUCAUGCCCUGUGAGAUUGAGCACACUGGGCACGCCCAGGUCUCUCAGUAUUUCACUGCAACAACAAAAGAAAACAAGAAAGGUACAAAGACAGAUUGUAGACCUGUAUUUGCUACCGACAAGACAGUGUCAUUCAGAGGACGCGGGCUAAAGGGACAGGAGAUCAGCUGUCCUCAGGGCCACACGGGUCUGGUUCUGAAGGAGGUCGACAGACACGGCUCUGACCAGGAGGACAGGAAGGUGAAGGUGACCUCGGUGUUUGACAAGCUCACCUACUGGAACCUGGAAACGCCUCCGACUUCAGACGACAUCGUGGUGAUGGCGAUGGACUGGCCCGAGCUGGCUGAGGCAAUCCAUGGGACAGUUGAAGACUGAAGACACUUGAGGCUGAUUACAUGUGACACAAGCAAAGCCCACUUAUUGCUGCUUAAUCUAUAUAGUGUUCCUGUCUCAGAGCAAUAAAAUGUUUUGGGUUUUUUUUGUAAAUAAAAAAAACUAAAACACCA